AUGUAUUCAAGCUCUCCUUCAGAGGGUCCACUUUGCCUGAAAGAUAUCAAUGAAUGUAAAGAUGCAGUAUCAGUGUGUGGUCCAUACUCAGAUUGUAUUAACUUCAUUGGGAGUCACAUGUGUUCAUGCUGGAGUGGAUUUAAUACCUCCAAUAAAGACAGUCCUGUGAGCCGUAACAACUCAUGUCAGGAUAUAAAUGAAUGUCUGUUCAGUUCACCUGUAUGUGGUCCAAAUUCCAUCUGCACAAAUCAGCUGGGAAGUUAUAAUUGUUCAUGUCUGGAUGGGUUCACUGCAACAAACUCACUUCUCCUCAUCAGCAACAAUAACACAUGUAGAGAUGUGAAUGAAUGUCUUCAGACGACGGAGGUCUGUGGUCCAAACUCUCGUUGCACAAACUUAAUUGGGAGUUACAGCUGUUCCUGCUUGACUGGAUAUACAGUAACAAAUAGCAGUGAACUAGUCAGGGCCAGGAACCCAUGCAAUGUGACUCUGCCUUUGACUGAGUAUCUGAUUGAAAUUCAGAUCAAUAGCAUGGACAGCAGAAUGACUGAUCAGCUGAGGAACAUCCUGAUGUAUUUCAGUUUGCCCUACACAAUCAGUGACAGCACUAACAUCACAGAAAUCAACAUAACUACUGUGUGUUCCCUGAAUGAAACCCAGUAUCAGUGUAAAUGUGAGGGUCUGUUUGUUUGGCCGAAUGACACGUGUUACUUAUACGAGGCCUGUGAUGUCAUCACUAAUGGUUCAUGUACAUGUAUCAAUGCCCUUCCAACCGACGGACAGUUCUGCCAAGUACUACCUUCUAAAUACGUGAUUGACAUUGAUUUGAGAUUCUUUGACUUGUUCCUGGUGGAUUACUUAAGAAAUCUCGUCAGAAAUAUCAGCCUGCCUUUGACUCUGAGAAACAGCAUUAAUAUCACAGACAUCGAUAUGAAUACUGUGUGUGGGUUAAAUGGAACAGAAUAUGAGUGCCAGUGUGAGCAGGAUCAUGUCUGGCCCAGUGACACCUGCAGAGCCUAUCAGGUGUGUGAUGGCAUUGUGGGAGGCACUUGUGGAUGUAUUCAAGCUCUCCCUUCAGAGGGUCCACUUUGCCUGAAAGAUAUCAAUGAAUGUAAAGAUGCAGUAUCAGUGUGUGGUCCAUACUCAGAUUGUAUUAACUUCAUUGGGAGUCACAUGUGUUCAUGCUGGAGUGGAUUUAAUACCUCCAAUAAAGACAGUCCUGUGAGCCGUAACAACUCAUGUCAGGAUAUAAAUGAAUGUCUGUUCAGUUCACCUGUAUGUGGUCCAAAUUCCAUCUGCACAAAUCAGCUGGGAAGUUAUAAUUGUUCAUGUCUGGAUGGGUUCACUGCAACAAACUCACUUCUCCUCAUCAGCAACAAUAACACAUGUAGAGAUGUGAAUGAAUGUCUUCAGACGACGGAGGUCUGUGGUCCAAACUCUCGUUGCACAAACUUAAUUGGGAGUUACAGCUGUUCCUGCUUGACUGGAUAUACAGUAACAAAUAGCAGUGAACUAGUCAGGGCCAGGAACCCAUGCAAUGUGACUCUGCCUUUGACUGAGUAUCUGAUUGAAAUUCAGAUCAAUAGCAUGGACAGCAGAAUGACUGAUCAGCUGAGGAACAUCCUGAUGUAUUUCAGUUUGCCCUACACAAUCAGUGACAGCACUAACAUCACAGAAAUCAACAUAACUACUGUGUGUUCCCUGAAUGAAACCCAGUAUCAGUGUAAAUGUGAGGGUCUGUUUGUUUGGCCGAAUGACACGUGUUACUUAUACGAGGCCUGUGAUGUCAUCACUAAUGGUUCAUGUACAUGUAUCAAUGCCCUUCCAACCGACGGACAGUUCUGCCAAGUACUACCUUCUAAAUACGUGAUUGACAUUGAUUUGAGAUUCUUUGACUUGUUCCUGGUGGAUUACUUAAGAAAUCUCGUCAGAAAUAUCAGCCUGCCUGCCUUUGACUCUGAGAAACAGCAUUAA